AUGUCUUUCCAGAACUUCGAUUCCUUCCCCAACCAGGACGCCGCUGCCGCCGCUGGUGCCCCGGCUUCUGCCGACACCACCAUGACUGGCCAGGCCGAUCCUGCUGGUGCCCAGUUCCAGGGCCCUGCCGGUGAUGCUGCUGCUGCUCCUGUUCCUCAGCAGGGCGCUGACGGCAAGACCACUCUCUGGAUGGGUGAGCUUGAGCCCUGGAUUGAUGAGAACUUCAUCCGCAACCUGUGGUUCCAGAUGGGUGAGCAGGUCAACGUCAAGAUGAUCCGUGACAAGUUCUCUGGGAGCAAUGCUGGAUACUGCUUUGUGGACUUUGCCUCCGCGGCCGCUGCCGCCAAGGCCCUUUCCCUGAACGGCACUCCCAUGCCCAACACCAACCGUGUCUUCAAGCUGAACUGGGCUACCGGUGGCGGCCUUGCGGACCGCAGCCGUGACGACCGUGGCCCCGAGUACUCCAUCUUCGUCGGUGAUCUCGGCCCGGAGGUUAACGAAUACGUCCUCGUCUCGCUUUUCCAGAGCCGCUUCCCCUCGUGCAAGUCUGCUAAGAUCAUGACCGACCCUAUCAGCGGCAUGUCUCGUGGCUACGGGUUUGUCCGCUUCUCGGAUGAGAAUGACCAGCAGCGUGCCCUCACCGAAAUGCAGGGUGUCUACUGCGGCAACCGCCCCAUGCGCAUCUCCACCGCUACCCCCAAGAACAAGGGCCCCGGUGUCGGCGCUGCCAACAUGGGCGGCAUGCCCGGCCCCGCCGGCAUGUACCCCCCGAUGGGUGGUCCCCCCAUGGGCUUCUACGGUGCUCCCCAGCCCAUGAACCAGUUCACCGAUCCCAACAACACCACCGUCUUCGUCGGUGGUCUCUCUGGCUACGUGACCGAGGAUGAGCUCCGCUCGUUCUUCCAGGGCUUCGGCGAAAUUACCUACGUCAAGAUCCCCCCGGCAAGGGCUGCGGCUUCGUCCAGGCUACCCCAUUGGCAACUCGCGCGUCCGCCUGAGCUGGGGCCGAUCCCAGAACAACUCCGGCCCUGCCGGCAGCCCCUACCGUCCGGCCCCCCUCCUCCUCCCAUGUACCCCUCCAUGGGCAUGCCCCCGGCCCACCAGUAUGGCGGGUUUGCCCCGAUGAAGGUUAGCAGUCACCCCGGCAGCCCGGCACCCGAACACUCUUGA